CUAAAUCUUUUGUCAAGGAAAAAAAUGAAAUCCAUAAGAAUCGAAUUGCUUCACCAGUUCAAUUUGUCCAAAUAAAGACACGUAGCCCAUAGAUGGUUGUUUCCUCAAACUUGUUUCACACAAUGAUAUGAUAUAAGAUCUUCCUGUUAAUUAAAAAACCUAAUUUAUUUGGGAUUUGUUAACCGUAAUUAGAAUCUUAAUAGCAACAGUAAUCAUAUUGAGCUCUAAUCAGAAAGAUUAGUAAUUUUCAUUCUGACGGAUCGGUAUAUUUCUGUAUGCACAAGCUCAUUAGCAUGAUAAUAAAAAAUUGAGCAAAACACAUCCCAUUUCCACCACCUUCAAUAGAUUUCCGACAAAAACAGUCCGAAAGAGUAGAAAAAAUGUCAAGCAGCGAAGAGAAUAUAGAGAUGAAGGAUUCAAGUGGGGAUUCAUUUGGGAAGGUCAAACAAAGUUUCAAAGAUCGAUCCCAGAAAGUGGCUCAAACCAAGGAAAUUUUGUCGAAACAAGCAGUUCAGACCAAACAGAUCUUGUCUAAACAAGCCGUUAAAAUCUCCAAACAGGCUGAAGAACAUGAAAGAUUCAUCAAUAAGGUGACAUAUUUUUUGGGUGUUCUUGGUUUUGGGGCGUUCUGCUUUAUUUUGGGUGCAAGGCCGCGUGAUAUACCAUAUGUAUAUUGUGUGUUCUAUGUAAUUUUUGUUCCUCUCAGGUGGAUUUAUUAUCGAUACAAAAAAUGGCACUACUACCUUAUGGAUUUUUGCUACUACGCCAACACAAUCUUCAUCAUCAUGCUUCUGUUUUAUCCAAGAAAUGAGAAGCUUUUCAUGGUUUGCUUCUCAUUUGCAGAGGGGCCAUUGGCGUGGGCACUAAUUGUUUGGAGAUGUAGCUUAGUUUUUAAUUCUAUGGACAAAAUUGUAAGCGUCUUCAUACAUCUUUUGCCCGGAUUGGUUUAUUUCACGAUAAGAUGGUGGGACCCUGUGUUUUUGGAAGCCAUGCAUCCCGAAGGAACUGUGCAGAGAGCUUCAUGGCCAUCUGUAGAGAGCAAAUCUUAUCUCUGGACGUGGCUGUUUUUUGUUCCUUUAUUUGCUUACAGCAUUUGGCAGGUUCUUUAUUUUCUUAUUGUAAAUGUUCUACGUCGACAAAGACUACUAAGAGAUCCCGAAGUCAUGACUUCUUACAGGGAAUUGUCAAAGAAAGCACAGAAAGCAAAUAACUUAUGGUGGCGUUUAAGUGGUUUGCUCGGGGAUCAAAAUCGCUUGUUUAUGUAUAUUUUGCUUCAAGCUAUAUUCACGGUGGCAACUAUGGCACUUACGGUCCCCAUAUUCUUGUCUUAUGAUUUGCAUGUCGUUUUCCAAAUACUCAAAGUUUCUGCAUCCGUAUGGAACGGAGGAAACUUCCUACUCGAAGUGAUGCCACAGCAAGUCAUUCUCAAAGAGAAGAAGAAAACCGAGAUGCACCCUAUUGAGAAACCACGAGAUCAGUCAGCACUCGAGAACUCAAUGAAAGCAAGUAAUUCUUCUGUAAUACUCGAAUCUUAGCAGGUGUGCACAAAUAAAUUGUCUUGUAAAACUGUUUUCUUUUUCUCUGAUGUUUGUUGGUGUGAACUUGGACUGAUUUAUUUUCUUUGCUCUAAAGAAUUUUCAUUUUUCUACAUGCACUCUAUUUAGAUAUGGCCUGAUUUGUAAACUAGGUGAAAUGAAAUGUGAAAUUAUGCUUCCUUUUCACG